AUGGGCUCCCUCAUUUGGACGCCGACCACCCUUCCUGCUUGGAAAACCACUUUUUUACUUUUAAACGUGAUCUCAGCUGUCGUGAGCAAAAGACACACAAUUUACUGGAACUCCACCAACACCAGGUUAACAGCAGGUGGACUGUCUAUCCAAGUAAAUCUGAACGACUACCUGGACUUCUAUUGCCCUUACUACCCCAGCAAGCAAAUGCUGGGCCCCAGGCAGCCGGAGACAUUGGCCCUCUACCUGACCGAGGAGGCUGCCUUCCAGGGCUGUGUGGAGACAACGGCGGCCAUCAAGAGGUGGGAAUGCAACACCCCCUUUGCUCGGUUCGGCUCGGUGCGCUUCUCUGAGAAGAUCCAAAGAUUCACCCCCUUCUCGUUGGGAUUUGAGUUCCUGCCAGGGCGGCACUACUAUUAUAGCUCUCUGCCUGCAGAUGAAGGCCCACCGCUGCCGUGUAUGACGCUGCGCGUGACCGUGUGCUGCGAGACCGCGACUUCCCCUCUUAGUCGGGCUCCCCCGUCGAGGACACCUUCGCUUCCUCUCCUCUUCAUUCUCCUCAUCCUCCUGGCCCUCCUGCUGACGACCUGA